CAAAGUGUUCCUUCCGCUUUUCGAUCAUUCUGUGAUUUGUGGUACGUUUACUGGUGCACUAGAGAACAACACAAAACAUGUUUUUAUCACGGUGCCACCACAGGUGUACCACAAGUCCUAAUAAACGAAUUCUAAUAAAUUUAUUUAUUUUCUUUGAAGUUAUGUUCUACUUCUAGUUAAUUCGGCUCCUUCUGACUGUCUACUGUUACCGUGAUUCGAGUUAUUAAAAUUCGUCAUUUCUAAUACAGUACUUACAAAACCUCACAUGUUUUAUCUAAUUAUUUGAAUAAUGUAAAAAAAAGGCCUUUGUCAAGGAAGUUGAGGGUGGACAGUUUAUAUAGGCUAGAAAACUAGCGUUUUGCUUGAGGGCACAUAUGAAAAUAUUUAUCGUGAUACAUUUUCCGACAGCGUUUAGCUAUAGCGUGAUCUAAUUCCAGUUGUCGAUUUGAGCCAUAAAAACAAAGAAGAAGAAGAAGAAGAAGAAGAAAGCGACCAUGUUGCCGAACAACCCAGUGCCCGAGGAAACGAUCGCAGUGCGGCAAGAAAACUCAUAUCUUGCAGCACAGGGUGAAGUCGAUGAUGAGAACAUUCCGUUCGGCGAAGGAGCCUUUCAGAAACGGGUACUGAUCAUCAGCGUCUUCACCGGUGCAAUCAGCUAUGCCCAGAACCAGCUGUUCCGGAUGUCGUGGCGUGAGAUGGACCAUUGGUGCCGCCGGACGAACGCUUACUCCAACAUGAGUGUGGCCGCGUGGAAGGAGCUGGCCAUUCCGCGUUACACCAACGGAAGUUACAGCCGCUGCACAAUGCGCGUUCCACCGGACGGCGGCAUUUGGGCCCGCGUCGAGCCUUGCGUUGAAUGGGAGUUCGACCUGGACGAGCACGGCAACACCGCGGUCAGUGAGUGGAGCGUUGUUUGCCAACGGCGUCGUCUGGCCGACGCCGCCCAGUAUGCGCACCUCGUCGCCAUGACCAUCACGCUUCUGGCCCUGGGCCCUACAGCCGACCGCAUUGGACGCAAGACAGUGGGAGUCCUGGCACUCGCGGCUCUGCUGCUCACGCUUGCGGCGACGGGCGUUGCAACUGACCUGCAGACAUUCAUCGUUGUGCGUUCAGUGGCAGCGGCAGCGUCGGCUGGCCUCUUCGUCAUCACUGUGCUGCUGUACGAGAUCACGACCACAACCCGACGACUGCUUUACAUCACCAUCGGCUCGGCUCUUUCGUUUGUCAUCCCGCGGGUGUUUCUAUCUUUGGCGCACGUGUGGAAAGCGAGCUGGUCGGCUUCGCACAUGCUCCUGGCAUUGUUUGCCAUGGCUCUCCUCGUCGCUUUCCGCGUCCUCGACGAAUCGCCAUCUUGGCUUCUCGCUGCGCACCGCGAGGACGAAGCCAGGCGCGUCGCAGUGAGAGUAGCCAACAUCAACGACGUCCCCGUAAGCAAGUGCCACGAAUUCUUCAAGAGGCACGUGCACAGAGCACAGCAGGUACCUGACGGAACCACAGGCACAAGCCAAGGUAGCUACGUGAAGAGACCGAACCUCCGAAGGACGUACAUUCUCACUGCUUACAUAUGGACCGCCCUGGGCUCGAGUUCUGUCCACUACAACACCAACCACCCUACCGCGCGUAGCGCGUACGUUCGCGCCUUCAUCGACAUCAGCAUCGCGCCCUUGCUCGUCGCUGUGUGGCCCCGCCUGGAGAACGGCCGGCGUGUCAGGAACGUGGCGGCAUACACCGCGCUCGUCUUGAGCAGUUCGUCGGCACUGUUGUUCACCGCCUACACCGACUACGACACAGCCUUGACCUCGGCGCUGUUGGUCGUGAUGCGCCUUGCGUCAAUACUUCUCGAUUUUCUGGAAUUCUACCUCACCCUCGCCGCGUUUCCCACCGAGUCACGGUGCACCGGUUCGUGCAUUGGCCUAGCUUCCUUUUUGAUAGGCAAUGUGAUUGGACUAGUAACGUUCCGCGUCGUCCUCAAGAGGCGCGAAGACCGCUCGCUCGUCGUCGGAACGGUGUUAAUGGCGAUGACCGCUAUGGCCAGCAUGUACAUCCCUUCGGAGGAUGCUUGCCCUUUCAGAAGCGUGGUCUCCUUGGCGGCCGCGUCAUUGCCCUCAAAACCGAGUCCUUUGAGCGGCGGACAGGCACCGUGUUCUGCCGUGGUAUCGGUGGCUGCCGAGGUUCAGCCCAAAGCGUCGCCAGCGGACGUGCGCGGGGCCUCCAGGAAGAAGGCAAGAGCGACUAAGAUGCCAGAGCAGUUUGCUGUGCGUCCUUCCAAGCUUCCAAUGACCUGGUAAACUUAUAAACUGGCGCCAGAGAGCGCGCGUGUUCCUUUUUUAAUUUUCAUUUAUGAUUUUCGUUUAGAGUGCACUCUGUCAUAUCCAAAUUCAAAUUAUGCCUAGGAAGAACCGGUGUUUCAAGAACUUCUGGUGCUACUUGAGAAUCUAUACCAUAUACUUUGCAUAACCACUACAUCUGCUUUAUUAAAGUCGAA